AUGGGUAAAGAGUACCUGAAGUUAGUCCUGCUUCUACUUGUCUUGACUCACCAUGUUGAUUCAGUCACUAUCAUCAGGUCUCUUCCUGGUUUUGAAGGUCCACUUCCUUUCGACCUUGAAACCGGAUACAUUGGUGUUGGUGAGGCAGAGGAAGUUCAAUUAUUUUACUACUUCAUCAAAUCUGAGAGCAAUCCAGAAGAAGACCCUCUUCUAAUCUAUUUAACUGGAGGACCUGGUUGUUCUUCUCUCACUGGUUUUUUUCUGGAGAAUGGGCCUCUGGCUAUCAAGACGGAUGGUUACAACGGAGGCAUCCCUUCCUUGGUCACGACUACAUACUCAUGGACAAAGGUGGCAAGCAUAAUUUAUAUAGAUCAGCCUGUUUGGACUGGUUUCUCCUACUCAAGAACUCCACUUGUUGAUAUACCAAGUGACACAGGAGUAGCUAAGACUGUCCAUGAGUUUCUUCAGAAGUGGCUAGGCAAGCAUCCAGAUUUUGUUUCUAAUCCUUUCUAUGUCUGUGGAAAUUCUUAUUCUGGUAAGGUUGUUCCGGCAAUUGUUCAAGAAAUCUCCAAAGGUAUAUUUUCGUUUUAG